AUGAGCAACAAGUUCAAGAAUCUUUAUGUUUUAGGGGAUAGUUUAUCCGACAUAGGAGCAUUUACUGGUGUUUUAAGCAACCUGUCUUGUGCAUCAGGUGUUAAAUUCGAUGCACCAUUUUACAAGAACAGAUCAUUUAGUAAUGGUCCCGUUGCUGUGGAAUAUGUAGCACAAUACCUUAACUUGAAAGAAUUUAAACCAGGAUGGAGCUAUUCAUUUUUUAACAAAGAGUAUGAACAACAGGGCCAGAAUUAUGCAGUUUCAUAUGCUACAGCAGCAAAAUGUUCCUCUUUUCUUUAUUCUUAUUUUUUCAACAAAUUUUGCUUAGCGAAUCAAUUAGAUGCAUUAAUUAAGCACAAUAGCGAUAUAGGAGAGGAAGAUUUGGUGCUGAUUACGAUAGGCGGAAAUGAUGUUAUGUUGGCAUAUACAUGCGAAAAUAAUCAAACUCAAGAGGCAAUACUUAACCAAGCUACAAAUGAAAUAUGCAAUGUGCUGAAAGUUCUCAGUCAGCAUGAUGUGAAGCAUGUAGUUGUUACAAAUGCACCUAACAUUGGACUGAUACCAGCUUUCAAUAAAAAUAAAGAGGCAAGUAAGUUAGCAAUGGAACUAACUAACAGUUUCAAUGAAAAGUUGGCUAACGGUUUAGAAAAAAUCAAAAAGGAUUAUCCUAAUUUGAAAGUAAAACAGUUAGAUCUUUACUCUAAAACGAAUGACUUGAUUGAUGAGUAUAAAAAUAAUGGCUUAAAUUACCAAGAUGCUUGCAUAUCAGAUGUUGCUGAUGGAAUUAAUGGAUUCACAGAUAUUGUAAGUACAUUAUUUGACUUAAUUGUCAAAGGAAAGCUUGAGUCGCACUAUAAUCCUGGGUGUAGCAAGGAGGUGAUGGAAAAUUAUUUCUUUUUUGAUUUCUUCCAUCCUACUGAAGAACCUCAUAAACAACUUGGUAAUGAUAUAUGUGAAUUAAUUAAAGUUUAA